UAACCAGUUUUAGUCGUAGUCAAGUAUUUCAAAUCUAAUCUUGGAUCAAUAUUACGUGUCCUACUACUACUAUAAAAGUCCAGCGUGAGUGUUUGUGUUUAGUUAUUAACUACAAUGCAGUUCAUAAUCUUACAAUUAGUGUUUCUUUUCGCAAUUUGUUUAGCAGCAAACGCUGCUACUAUGAAUAAACAAAUUCGCAGUUUAGAUUGGUGGCAACAUGCCAAUUUCUAUCAAAUUUACCCACGAUCAUUCAAAGACAAAAAUAACGACGGCAUUGGCGAUCUUCAGGGAAUCAUCGAAAAACUGGAUCACUUCACAGAUGCUGUAAUCGAUGCGGUUUGGCUAUCACCAAUUUUUAAAUCACCGCAAGUGGAUCAGGGGUACGAUAUAAGUGACUAUAGGGACGUAGAUCCAGAUUAUGGAACAAUAGACGAUUUGAAAGAAUUGAUUCAGAAGGCUCACGCCAAAAAAAUUAAAAUUAUUUUAGAUUUUGUCCCUAAUCACACCAGUGAUAAACACCAGUGGUUCAUAGAUUCGGUAAAUGGUGUUGAAGAGUAUCGUGAUUAUUACGUGUGGGCUAACGCCAAAGUUGAUGAUGAUGGUAAUAGAGUGCCUCCAAAUAAUUGGAUAAGUAAUUUUAAAAAUUCGGCUUGGACGUGGAGUGAAGAGCGUCAACAGUACUACUUGCACCAAUUUGCUGCAGCCCAACCUGACUUAAAUUACCGAAAUCCAAAACUAGUGCAAGCAAUGAAGGAUAUUUUGACUUUUUGGCUUGACCAAGGGGUUGAUGGUUUUCGAGUUGAUGCCAUACCCUGUUUGUUUGAAAGUGAAGAACUCCUCGACGAACCCAAAUCAAAUAUUCCGGGCUACAACGACACAGAUUAUGAAUAUCUGGACCAUAUUUACACCAAGGACUUGCCUGAGACGUUUGAUAUGGUUUAUCAAUGGAGACAGUUACUCGAUGAUUAUACCACUAAAAAUGGGGGCGAUUCUAGAAUAUUUAUGACUGAAGCUUACACAGACAUAAACCAUACAAUGCUUUAUUAUGGAAGUGCCGAUGGCAGACAAUUGGGGGCCCAUUUUACCUUCAAUUUCUUUCUGAUCACUGACAUCAACAUUAAUUCAACUGCACAAGACAUUGUUGAUACCCUCAACAAAUGGCUAAAUGCAAUUUCCGAGAAUUACACUUCUAACUGGGUCUUAGGAAACCACGAUAAUCACAGAGUGGCCACUCGAUUUGGUGUUGCAAACGCUGACGGUUUCAAUAUGUUGAAAUCUCUUCUUCCCGGAGUUGCUGUGACCUACAAUGGUGAAGAAAUCGGUCAAGAAAAUGGUGAAGUAUCGUUCGAAGAAGGCAAAGAUCCGAGUGCUCGAGAUCCGGCUAUUUUCGAAAAAGUUAGUCGAGAUUUUGAACGCACACCUUACCAAUGGGAUGAUUCUACUAACGCUGGGUUUAACACUGGAGCCAAGCCUUGGCUACCAGUCAGCGAAAAAUAUGUUGAAACUAAUUUAAAGAAAGAGAAAGCCAAUUCUGUGAGCCAUUUCAAAGUGUACAAAGCUUUGGCUCAAUUGAGAGCUAAUCCGACCCUUAUUUCCGGAGAUGUGACGGUGAAAGCGGUCGAUGAGUAUACGGUUUUGAUAAAAAGAAGUUUUAAUGGGUCGUCAUUAGCUUUAGUCUUUAAUAUCGGAAAUGAUACCACUACUGUGGAUGUCGCUGAGGAUGUUUCCAAGUCUAACAAAGUUGUUCUUACAAAUGUUGAUUCUUCUAGGGAUACUGGGUCUGUCGUUGAUCCAUCGAAUUUGGAACUAGAAGCCCACGAAGCUUUAAUCUUAUCAUUUUAAACCUAGUUAUUAAAUGAAUAGUACGUGUGUGUGAAAUAAAUUUCGUAUAUUUGACUAAA